AUGAUAGGAUCUGGCCCUUCACCAACUUCACGCACCUCAGUUCAGAAGGUUUUGUCAGUUAUAUCCCAGUUUACUGAGUAUAAGAAAUUUCUUGUUGAACAGACUGGGUUUGCUGGCAUACUAAAGUUGCCACAGAUUACUAGGCUGAACCUUAGAUUUAGCAAAUGGCUCCUGCAGAAAAUAGAUGUAGGCAACAGAUCAAUAGUUUUUGGUGAAAAUCCAACUAGGCAGAUAAGGUUCUUUGCCGCUGAUGUCCACAAGGUUUUUGGUAUACCAUGUGGACCACGCGAUAUCCACGCACCUGAAUCACAAUGCUCUCCCAACACUAUUAAAUUCAUUAGAACUGCUCUUGGGAUGAAUGACAAGGGUAACCAGAUUCUGAAGGUCUCUGAAAGUGUUAUAGCUAGGCCGCUGGACGAGCACACAUCCAGCAACCUAGAGAAAGAUUGUUUUAAAAUCGCAUUUGUCAUUUUUUUGAUGGGACACUUGCUUGCACCAUCCACGAAGCACGACAACAGAUCAAUAGACUUCUGGGGUGCACUAGCCAAUACAGACAACAUCCAAGAUUUCAACUGGUGUGAGUAUGUCCUGCAAGAUUUGUUCGCCGCCGUCAGAACUGUCAAGGAUGACAUUGCGAAAAACCGCACCAGUACCCACCUAUACGGCUGCCAUCUGUGGGCACAGGUUUUCUACCUCGACAACCUUGAACUAGGAAUUUUUAACCUCCGACAUUCAGUCAUGCCCCGUGUAGCUGCAUUCGACGACACACAGAUGAGGCGAAUGAUACUGCAGUGCUCAACAACAAUAAACGGUGUGGAGCAAUGGAGUUGUGCAACCGUCCGGGAUGCAUCGCAAAUAUGCUAUACGAGGGCCAUAUUUGAUUCCCCUCCAGACCAGAUCACUCCUACCAUUUCCAGAAGCAGGCCGCCUGUGUUUCCUCACCCUACAGCAACACUAACCGGAGAGCACAGAUCUCAAACUUGUUCGGCACAAACCAAGCCGUCCCCGACAAUUCCAAGCACGCAUCUGCUAACAGCUUCCGACUACGCCAACUACAUGAAAGCUACAUACCCACUCCUGGCAUCGAGUGAGCUGGGUAUCAUUCUCAAGCAGCACAAUGCUCUCGAUGUCCAGCAAGCAAAUGCCGCCAGGAACAACAGCAUAAACGAGAGCACACGCUUCCUUGACAAAUUGGUUGAAGUACUAUCAGCUACAUGCAUUUGCUGCAGCCUCCGCUCCCUGCCCUGCUUAGUGCAGCAGAGACCUCAGGAUUCCCACUCAAACUCCUCAGCGAGCAAUUUGUUCAGACGCAGGCUCGACCAAGCUGAUUCUGAUGCUGACAGCUCAUCGACAAGGAGCACAAAGAGGUGCAAGCACAGAGGACCUGCUGACACCGCGCCACAGAAAGAUAAACAAGAAAUGCAAACAGGCAAGGACACUCUGGUAAUCUUUUGGAUCCACCGCUUAGUACUGAUCCAUUUUCCCACAUGUACAGAGCAGGCAGAGUCUGAUUCAUCAUACCUCACACCAAAUGACAAGAUCAUUCGCCACAAAAGUACAAGGGAUGGCAAGAUUAAAAACUGGGCUAGCGCUGUGCGCGACUCAAUCCUGAUGUAUAAUGACGACACAAGCACACCUCGAGAUGCAGUUUUGAUAGGCCAGACUGCAGAACCUCCUACCAAGGCGUGUGCUGAACACACGCACUACGUGAUUGAUCACUGGAGUGCAUUGGCCGAUGUCGAGUACCAAACAAUAGCACAGCAAGACAAGUUGUCCUUUCUGGUCAUGUCAAUCCCGACAACAGACUGUCCAAGGCUGUUCAUGUGUCACCCACACCCCAGGUUCAUCUCAAUGACGGUAAAAUCCAUCACGGACCAACUGGUUGGACACACAUGUCUUGAACACGAGCUUUGCUGCCUCAUUAUCCGCCGUCUACGACAGGUUGACACGACAGUUUUCUAUACUACCACCGAGGGAGAAUGGCGCCACUGGUUCGAAGUUGAUUUUUCGACAACCAUCCUAACAGGCGACAAGGCGUGGGACAUUAAAUCUGUGCAGGACCAGUUUCUCGGCGCCGGGUUUCCGUAUAACAUUGCACUAUGCCGCAUGGUACGCCCAUCAUAA